CCACGCAGUGACCACAGUCCAUCAGUCAGUCAACAUGGGGCGCCAUCCGUGGAUGCUGCUGACCACUGCAUUGCUCAUGAUUCUCACCAUAGUCGACGGACGGGUUCUCCACAAAGGAAGAGUGCGGUCCGCAAGCCGAUGGUACACGCUAAGUUCCUCUCCCAGGUUCACCCUGCUGGGGCCGGACCUCCUGAGGGCAGACAGUCCAGAGAACAUCUACCUGCAGGCGGACGAAGUGUCCGACCCCGUGUCUGUCUCCAUUAUCGUCCAGGACUACGCGAAGACAACACUCCAUCAAACCUCUGUCACACUGGACGCUGCGAACGGCUUCUCUGCUCUCACCACGAUACAGAUCUCAUCGGACACUCUGAACCGGGACGAGAGAAAGAACAAGCUUGUGUACCUGAAGGCAAACUUUGAAGGGCACCACACCAUUGAGUCGGAGAUCAUGGUGACCUUUCACAAGGGCUUUAUCUUCAUCCAGACGGACAAACCCAUUUACAACCCUGGAGACAGUGUUUGGUUCAGAGCCUUUGUGUCGUCUCCGUCCUUCAAAGCCCAGGACGACUCCAUCACCAUUGACAUCGAGAACCCGGACGGCGUGGUGGUGAGGCAGAUCAGUCGGAGCAGAUCCUCCGGUGGAAUCUUAUCAGACACCUUUCCUUUAUCCGAAAUGGUCAACGAAGGCAAGUGGACGGUGACGGCGAAAUUUGACCACUGGAAGCAGAACACAUUCAAGGCCCAUUUUGAAGUGAAGAAAUAUGUGCUUCCUGCAUUCAACGUGACUCUGACGCCUCGGAAAUCCUUCCUCAAGUUGGACGACGACAGCCUGGAAGUGGAAAUUUCAGCCAGGUACCUGUACGGGGAGCCGGUCCAGGGAACGGCCUACGUCGUGUUCGGGGUGAAGAUCAACAAGGAGAUGCGGCGGUUACCUGAUGUCAAGCAGGUUUCAGACCUGAGCGGCGGAGUUGUCAAACUGUCGGUGGAGGAGCUGAAGAGGGCGUACCCCGACUACAAGACUCUGGUGGGCAACUCCAUAUAUGUCAAGGCCUCAGUUCUCACGAAUACAGGUAGCGAUCUGGUGGAAGCCGAGAAAUCUGGCAUUAAAAUCGUAGAGUCUCCCUACGUCGUCACCUUUAAAGACAUGUCUCCGUCCUACAAGACAGGGCUGCCCUUUGACUUCAGCAUCGUGGUCAGCCACCAUGAUGGCUCCCCGGCCAACAAUGUUCCACUGAAGGUGAAUCUGCUGCCGGAGCCUCUCGUGGCUUACUCUGGAGUAGCGCGAGCUUCCCUCAGCAUGCCCACCUAUCUGAGAGCAGAGACGAUUUCGGCAGAGACCAUGGACCCGGGGCUGAAACCAGAGCAGCAGGCGAAGAGCUCCAUCACUGUCGAGCCGUACUUCAGUUACGAUGUUGGUAAACAGAACUACCUGCACAUCUCUACCGACACCACCUCUGUGUCCGUGGGGGAAAUGAUGUCGCUGAAGCUGGUCGUGUCCGUGGGGGACCCCACCCAACGUCACGCUGUCAAACAUGUCACCUACUUGGUGAUGAACAAGGGAACCAUCAUUUCCGCCAAGCGUGUCAGUGUUGUGGGUCAGCAGCAUGCCAGCGUCGGUCUGAUGGUCACUCCGGACAUGAUGCCGUCAUUCCGGAUGGUGGCGUUCUACAGCAUUCCCUGGCAGAGGCGGGAAGAGGUGGUGUCCGACUCCAUCUGGGUGGAUGUUGCAGGUUCUUGUGUCGGCGAUCUCAAGGUCGAACCAGUGGAUGGAAGACAUCGAGACUAUAUGCCUGGAAAAGCCUUCAGUUUCAAAGUCCGAGGGGAUCCGGGUGCGAAGGUCACCUUUGCUGCCGUGGACAACGCCGUGUACCUGCUGAACCGUGACAGACUCACUCAGAGGAAGAUCUGGGGGAUUGUUGGGGACGGAGACAUUGGCUGCACCAAAGGCGGCGGCCGGGAUGCCAGACAAGUGUUCACAAAUGCAGGAGUGCACUUCUCCUCCAGUACUUCGUUUAAAACACAAUCAAGAAGAGUCCUGCAGUGUCCAGCAAAUCCCAGGAGGAGGCGCUCUGCAGACUUGCUGAAGCGUAAAGUGGAGCUGGAGAAUCACUACAAGGAGAAGCUUCUGCACCGCUGCUGCACAGACGGGCUGAGGGAGAUCCGCAUGCCGUACUCCUGCACCCGCCGCUCCCUCUACAUCACCGAGGGCUGGGAGUGUAUCCGGGCCUUCCGCUACUGCUGCGCCUCUUAUCGGGAUCAAGUGUUUGACACAGAGAUGCCCCCGACCGUGCCUCCCACAACUCCUGCGCCGACCACUACCAGACCCACGAUUCCUAUCCGCCGCUUCGGUUCUGUGGAUGUUUCGGCUCGACGGAUUAUGUUGACCAGCUCAAUGUUCUCGUGGUCCGCCGUGAGUGAGCCCAAAGUAAACGUCCAGACUUAUACCAACGUGUUCAAAGCUGCAGAGGAGCAGGAGGUGGUGGAGCGCAGUCAAGUGGCCGAGGUGGAGCAAGACAACGGUUGGGAGGACGAGGACGAUUAUGCCGAUGAAACCGAAGUCUACCGACGCUUCAAGUUCUUCGAGUCCUGGCUGUGGACUGAUACACUGCUGCCCACUGAGGCUGAACAGGAUGGGUUAGCGUCGAAGAAGAUCGAGCAUCCCUUGCCGGACAGCAUCACAGAGUGGGGGAUUCUGGCGAUCAGUGCGUCACCUCAGACGGGCUUCUGUGUAGCUCAGCCCUACAACGUCAAAGCAUGGAAGAGCUUCUUCGUCGACCUGAAGCUGCCGUACUCUGUGGCGAGAAACGAACAAGUGGAAAUCAAAGCUGUGAUCCACAACUACAGGGAGACCGACCUUCAUGUACGAGUGGUCCUGAUGAAGACGGAGGGCAUGUGCAGCGUCGCCUUUAAGGACAAACACACGCAGGAGCUCGCGCUACCCGCUGGAUCUUCAAAAGUGGUGCUGUACACAAUAGUGCCCCUAGUGGUGGGGAGCCUCCCCAUUGAGGUGAUGGUGCUCGCCAGGGAUUUGAUGGGAAGCGACAGGAUCCAGAAGCCUCUGAAAGUAGUGAUGGAUGGAGUGCAGAAGACUGCAGUGUGGAGUGUUGUUUUGAACCCGGCUGCUGUAGGAGGAACGCAGACAGUACGUAUGGGCAAGAUCGAACUGAAAUCGCUGGUGCCACACUCAAUUCCAGAGACCUUCAUCAACGUCAGAGGAAAUGUUCUGGCUGACAGUAUUGACAACUCCAUCAACGAGGACUCACUCGCGUCCCUGAUCCGGAUGCCUGGUGGCUGUGUGGAGCAGAACCUGGCCACCAUGACGCUGCCGCUCAUAGCUACUCUCUACCUGGAGAGAACUAGCGGUUGGCAGAGUGUUGGGGUGGAGCGCAAGGCCCAGGCACUGCAGUACAUCAGAAGAGGCUACGAGAAACAGCUGUCGUACAAGAAAAAGGAGGGCUCUUACCCCCCCUAUAGGAGAGAGGGGGCAAGUACAUGGAUCACGGCGUAUGUGGUGAAGGUUUUCUCCAUGGCUCACUCCAUCAUUGGGGUCAACGAGCAGCAAGUGUGCGAUCCACUGAUGUAUCUGGUGAAAAACAAACACCGACUGCCUCAGGGGAAGUUUGUAGAGAACAACCCUGUGUACAGCACCACCAUGACAGGAGGCAUGCGUGGUGAUGACCCCGAGAUCACUCUGACCGCCUUCGUCCUCAUCGCCCUCGCUGAGGCGCAGCAGGCUGGGAUCAGAUGCUCUGACUCCGAGACACAGGCAGUAUUGCAGAAAACCACUGAAUAUCUCAAGAGAGCUGUGGCAGUGCCCUCCAGACGACCUUACACUGUGGCCAUCGUGUCGUAUGCCCUGGCUCUGGUGAAGGACACCGCUCAGUUUGACCCAACUGUGCAUUUACUGAAAGCUUCAGAGGGAGAAGGCAGCCACUGGCCGGACAGAACCAGCAGAUGGAUCAGUCAGGAAGGAACCGGCUACGCCCUCCUGGCGCUGGUGAAACUGGGGAAGCUAAAACAAGCUAUGGCUCCUUUCAACUGGCUGAACAGCCAGCGCAGUUUGGGAGGAGGAUUUGGACCCACUCAGUCCACCAUGGUGGUUCUGCACGCUCUGUCCGAGUACCUGAUCCACCAACCCUCAGAGGACAGUACUCUGAAUGUGGACCUCAGGAUGCCGGGGCGAAAAGAUGUUCGGUACCAUUUCAACCCCAAGACGGCCUAUGCUGCCCGCUCCUCCAGGCUGCCUGCUAAUCUGGCCCUGGACGUGGUAGCUCAAGGAAACGGCGAGGGCAUACUGGAGGUGGUGACCUAUUACAACCAGAUGCCCCAGGAAGCGGAGAAUUGCCCGCACUUUGACCUCAGCGUCAACAUCGAAGAGUCCAGCGAAAAACCUCCGGCAGAUGUGGAGAAGUCUUUCAUGCUCACCAUCAAGGUCAGGGCUUCACAGCUCCAGGAUGUCAGGAUGGUGGUUCUAGACAUCAGUCUCCCCACUGGCUUCACCCCCGAAAACUCAGAUCUGGAAAUGUUGUCCAACUCAGUGGACCGCUACAUCAGCAACUUCCAGAUCGUAGAUAACCUGAGUGACAGAGGGUCUCUGAUCAUCCACCUGUUCAAGGUUUCUCACAGUGAGCCGGAUAUCCUGAUGUUCCGGCUCCAGCAGAGGUUCAGAGUGGGUCUUCUCCAGCCGUCCUCAGUGACUGUGUACGAAUACUACAACCCAGAUCGCCGUUGCAGUCAGACGUACACCCCCCCGGAGAACCAGGAGGCGCUCUCUCGAAUCUGCCAGGACAACGUCUGCCGCUGCACUCAGGGCGACUGCUGCAUCUCCAAAAGCAACACUGCAGUCAUCUCCAGUGCAGAGAGGGUGUUCUUCGCCUGCAAGAGUUUACACCACGUUUUGCAGGUGCAGGUGCUGAAUGUCAGCCAGAGCUACUACGACAAGUACGAGGUGUCGGUGACUGAAGUCAUCAAACUGGGAGUGGAGGCGGGCGUUGAGAUGGGUCAGAGGAGGGUCUUCAUGUCCCACGGGGGCUGCAGAGAGGGGCUCAACCUGAAGGUGGGCUCCAAGUACCUCAUCAUGGGUCCCGCAGAAGACCAGUGGAGCGUGGACGGUGCCACCAACAGAUUCAUCUACAUGCUGGGCAAAGAUACCUGGGUCGAGCACUGGCCGACAGACAGCGAAUGCUCAUCUGACGCCACUCUGCGGAACAUAUGUUUGAACCUACAAGAGACCGCAUCAGAGCUGCUGCUUUUCGGCUGCAGGGUGUAGAGGAGAAGAGCCACGCAACCCACUGUGCAGUUCCCAGAUUAGAUCUGUAUGUUCUGGAGCAGCAAACUAAAUCACUUUGUAAAGAUUUAUUUCAGUUGUAAUGAAUUCAAGUUGUAAAUAAAAUUUGGACUCAU